UUUUCAAGGUCCCUUAUAUCGAACACGAAAAACUCAGUGCCUAACCUAACCUAACCUAAUUUUUCACCGAAAAUAUCGGUAAAUCUCUCAGAAUUUAAUUCUAAAUAAUUUUACAGCAAAAUAAAAAAAUAUGUAAAUGACGGAUAAUGAAAUCUCGAUUAUCACUUUAUUGUGCGAGAGUAUAAAAUGUUCGGUGACACCCGAACUUAGCCCUUCCUUACUUGUGAUCGUUCAUUUUAUAUGGCAGCUAUGUGCUAAGCCAGUUCGAUUUGAAUAAUUUCUUCAGAUAUUUUUAACUUUGCCUUUGAAAAUAAUCUGAGUCAAAUUUCGUGAAGAUAUCGUGCCAAAUAAAAAAGUUUGCCAUACAAGAACUUUGUAUUGAGUAAAUAAGUUUGUAUGGCAGCUAUAACCUAUAGUGAUUCGAUUACGACGAUUCUGAUGAAUGAGUGACAUAUUGAGGAGAAACAGACCUGUGCAAAUUUUCAGCUUGUUUUCAAGUGUUUUUAAGACAAAAUCCGCAAAUUUUCGACGGUGGUUCAAUGCUUCAGUUCUUGAGGGAGUACAAUUUUAUACGGAUCCAAACGCAAAAUCUGUCAAGUGGUGGUUUGAGAUAGUACCAAGUCUUGAGAACGUCUUGAAAUCGACAAAUUUCGUGUUUAGCAACACUUGCCUGAACGGCAGCAAUAUCUUCAUAACAUCGAGAGAUUCUUUGCCUUAUUGAUACUUGAACAUGGUGUAAAUAAAGUGUACAUACGCUCAAAAUUUUUAACACUUUGACGAAUAGCGAGCACAGGUGGACGAUUAUUACAAGCACAGAAAGGAAAAAGCGCACGAAAAUUCCAAGUGGAGAACGAUUAUCUUAAUAAUAAAUAACAAAUAGUUUGUAAAUGUUGUUCUUGAGUAUGUCUCUCCAUGAUGAAAUUGUAAACAUUACUGCAUACAGAGGAAAAACCAUUACAGGUCAUGACAUAUUAGAAAUGGCCGGAAUGACACUUAGAAAUUAUAUCAUCCCUAUUGGAAAACCCGGUAUAUAUUUAAAUAUUUAGUUUAAAUGCUUACGGCCGUAUUAUUGACAAGUUUGAAAACUAGUUUAAUGUGAAAACUGGUUUAAUAGGCUAUUUAAAAACUAGUUUUGAGAAGUUUGGUAUUAUUCACUGUAGUUUUGGGGAAAAAAUGAAAUGGCACGUCGAGCAGCACUAUAUGAAAUGGGAAUAGCCGAUUUCUUAGCGGAUGAGGACGAUAACACCAAUUCCAACUCUGACGAAGAAUAUGAAGCCGUUCGCCCUCAUCGACCAUAUACACUACGAGCCCACGCAGUAGUUGAUGAAUGGGACGAUGUGGCCUUUCAUCAGCGAUUCCGAAUGAAAAAGACCACUUUUCGGCGCCUGGUAGCAUUGGUGGAACCGAACAUGGUAACGAAGCCAGGGAGAUGCCGUUCUCUCACCACUGAGCAGAGAGUUUUGAUUCUGCUGCGCUUUCUGACGGCUGCCAGCUUUGAGCAGAAUGCUGCAGAUUUAGUGCGUGUGUCUCAGCCAACUGUCGGUCUGAAUUUGCCAAUUGUGUGCGAUGCGUUGCUCAAUUAUUUUACCGAAUUUAUUCGGAUGCCACAGACAUCGUCGGAGCGACAAGCGGCAGCACUCGCAUUGCAUUCUCUCGCUGGUUUUCCGCGGACUAUCGGAGCAAUAGACUGCACCCACAUCAAAAUAUUAUCGCCAGGAGGUUUGCAGGCCGAAACAUUCCGCAACAGAAAAGGGUACCUUUCUCUCAAUGUUCAAACGGUUUCUUCUGCCGAUUUGAAGAUUUUGGAUAUUGUUUUUGGAUAUUGUAUUGUUUUGUUUUUGUUAUUUGGCCACACCAUACACCAUUAGUCAUCCAGGAUUGGCUACUAACCCAAUCAAGCGUGUUUACCAAGCCUCUCUGAUACGCACUCGGAACGUAGUGGAGCGUAUGUACGGCGUAUUGAAACGUCGCUUUCCAGUACUUCGGCAUGGAUUAAACGUAUCAUUACCCACCGCUCAAAAACUAAUUAUUGCCGCUGCAAUUUUGCAGAAUCCCGGGCCAGCGCGAUAUUUUUUUCCCUAGUAUAGGUUGACAGCUGCAACCAACUGUCAUCGGCUCGUCUUAUACUAAGCUCAGUUUCUAUAUAGCAGUCGAGCUGUGAACACGUGUUAUAACCUCUCUGCGACAACAAAAAGAAAUUCGACACUCCGAAAGUUUUUUUCAACUCUGUAUACAGUUGAUUUUUUUCACAUUUUUCAAUAAAUUCAUCCAGUCAUUAUGCCUCGGUACUAUCCCAAACAAGAGAAAAUUGUUGAUUUCGACAACAUUUUGGAGGCGAUCAAGUCGGUGAAAAUACAUCACAACAGCGUUCGACAAUCUGCGACGGCACACAAAAUUCCGAGGACCAA